AUGAAAAAAAAUGAGAGCCCCUGUUCUAUACAAAAUUGUAGCAGAAACUUUAUAUUUCGAAAAAUUACCUCUAUUGCAUAUAAAAAAGUACAAACAAAAAGAACAUUAGAACAAUAUGAUAGUUUAGAAAUCGGGCAAGAAAUAUGUUAUAGUCAUUAUUUAGACAUUGUUGAGCCUGAUUGUAAUUUUAAAAAAAAAUACCCAGUUGAAAUAGAAAAAACAAAUACUCAAAAACCUGAAGCAAGCAUUGAUAAUAAACUGGUCGCACAUUGUAAUAUUCAGAAUCCUGAAGCCAACAUUAAUAAUAAAACAAUUGUAGAUUGUAAUACACAAAAAUUUUUAUCAAAUAAAAGUCUUUCAUUUGUAGACCAGGUUCAAAUACUUACAAAGAUUCUUUAUAAAUAUCAAUACGAUAAACCUGGUUUUAUUGAACUCAGUCCC